UCCGGCGACCCAGCGUUGUCCGGCGACCGGCGGUAGGCAGAGAGGCAUGGAUAAGAAUAACGUCGCCGGCGGCAGGGCAUACGAAGAGGAGGAGGGGGAGGAGCUGGACCCGGCGGUGGAGUGGAAGCAGGCCGGCGAGGAGCAGGACGUGGUGGAGAUCCGGCUGCCGGGAUUCAGGAAGGAGCACGUGCGCGUGCAGGUGGACAACUACGGCGUGCUCCGCGUCACCGGCGGCAGGCCGGCCAGGGGCGGCCGGUGGGUCCGCUUCACCAAGGACCUCCGCCUCCCCGACGGCUGCGACGCCGACGGCGUCCGGGCCAGGUUCGAGGACGACAGGCUCCUCAUCACCCUGCCCAUCGUCCCCGCCGCCGCCGGUGACGCGGCCUCGCCGACGACACCGUCGCCUGAGCCGUUGCCGAGGACGUCAUCGUUCCAGCCACCUUCCUCAGUGCCUCCUCCUCCUUUACCUCCACCUCCGUUGCUAGAGGAGAUGAAGAAGAAAGAGAAAAAGAAGAUGGAGGGCAGGAAAGCGAGAGAGACGGCGAACGCUGGAAAUGGAACACCGCCGGAGGUGACCGAGAGAAGGGAAGUGUCACCGAAUCUGCUGACGCCGGCGAGCAGGGAUCCAAUAUCGACGACGGAGCUGGUGGCGAACAUGGCUGCCGCGGCGGCAGUUCUGGUGGGGAUUGCGGUGUCCGUGUGGCACACCAUGAGCGGCAGCAGCUAGUAGUCGUAACUUGAAUGCACUGUAAAGCAUUUGACUUGAUGACGCUACACUGCUCACUAAUUUCAUAUGUACAAUGUAAAUAGCACAGAGGCUUUAUUUAAUCUGUAAAGGAUACUAUCAUGAAGUUUAACACAUGCAAUGCAACGGAGGCAAUGGCAGGACCUCACUAUAAAGAA